AUGGACUCCAGCGUCCAAGUGUCACACGCGAAAUACGGAAUGGCCUUAUAUUCAAGGUUUGCUACGACGAGCUCAGCUCAAUUUUCAAGAUUGAGUAAAUUGGGCGGUGAAAAGAAAUGUACGUGGGUGGAAACGCACGGUAGCGGCGUCAAGAAAAGCAUCAAGAAAGCGUCAAGAAAAGCGUCAAGAAAGCGUCAAGAAAAGCGUCAGGAGAAGCAUCAAGAAAGCGUCAAGAAAAUUGUCAAGAAAAUUGUCAAGAAAAGUGUCAAGAAAAAGAGAGAUUUCUUCGGCUCAUGUGAACAUUCGACCGAUGAGUCACCACCCAUCGAGGCGCAUACGCCUCGUCCACAGAACGAUCCCCCGUCAGGAAGUGUGGCAUCGUUAUGCCCGAUUGAUGAAUGA